UUGAGUUUGUGUGCUUACUAGCAACCACUUUCAACAUUUCUGCAAAGCUAGAGAAGGGUUCCCAGUGCCGAUUCCGACACUGUGAAGAGGCCCUUGGCGGUGACACUGUGUGCUCAUUAUGGAGAGAGAGGAAAUGUUUAGAUCCACUUUGCAGAUUUAGACACAUGGAAAUGCAGCAAAACUGCAGCAUUUCAUGCUUCUGGGAAACUCAACCUCUUGGUUGUGUGAAGAUUAGCUGUAUCUUUUAUCACAGCAAACCUCGAAAUAUCAAUGGAUUAUUUUUGCCACCAAGUAGCAAUAUCACACUACAGAAAGAAAGUCAGGAAGGAAUUCUACUCCAGACCCAGAGUCAGGAACAUCUGAAACCUCAGGAAAAUAUAUCACGACCCAUCCACCAUCCAUUAGUUUUAAAAACUAAUUUUGAGGAAGAAGAGGAAGUAGAUGAACAAAAUGAUGCUUCUAGUUUAUGGACAAAGACUCCUGAAGAAAUUGAAGAAAAAAGAGCAAUAAAGGAGACGUGUUAUAAAUCUGGGGAAUACUACAGAUUUCAUACUCCUCCAGAUAUUUUAUCAUCAAAAAGUAUGACCCCUACAGCAGAAAAAGAGUUAGAAAAGCCCUUGGAAAAUGGCAGUGAAUUGCAAGAAGGAGAUAGUCUUACAGUUCCGACAAAACUUAGCCAAUAUGAAAGGCAAGGUGAAAUAAAAACAUCAUUGCAUGGGACACCAAAGACUGACAUUGCUGCUUUUGAAGAUGGAGGAGGUGACUGUUAUGUUCCGCAGAGGGUCAUAUUUCUUGGAGUCGAUGAAAGUGAAGCUUUAACUGAAGAGAAAGAAAUCACCAUAUCAAAAUGUUCAAAUACUAAAGUGAAUGAUGUCCAGCCAGUGAAGAAGCCUCAUUUUAAAGGUGUGAAAAAAAGAAAAUGGAUUUAUGAUGAACCAAAGAACUUUCCUAACUCUGGAAUGUGGAGAGCAGUACAGGCCCCAAGUCCCCAAAAUAAAAUGAGUUAUCGCCGCAAUAAUAAAAAUCGAAAUGCUGAGAAUGCAUCCUAUAUCCACGUUCAAAGAGAUGCUGUCAGGACUGUCGCGCUGAAUGCACCUUCCUGCAGCAGGCCCACGCAUGGGUCCUUCAAUAAAGUCCAUGUUAACAAGGAACCCAGACCCAACCUCAGUCCAGACAAAUAUGUGUCAACAUCAUAUAAUGAUUCAGCAUGGCGAAAACAAAUUCCUUUUUCAAAAACAUAUUCAAAAAGUGAAAAGAUAUAUCCAGAGCCAAGAAGAAAUGGGAGCAAGUAAACCUGGAGGUUGAGAGAAGAUAAAAAUGAGAAAAAAAGUGCCAGACAUCAUCUGAUUUACAAUCAAGAAUGAAAAUUCAAAGAAUGAGAUAUUCAAGUACUCCAUGCUAUAUAGUGGAUAGCCAAAGAUGAUAAAAAUGCAAAUUCUGAAAAUAAGAUGCAGGAAGUACGUUGUGCUCUUUCAAAACUGAUAAAAAUGCAAAUUACCAACAGCUGCCAGUGUAUUUAUGUAGGUCUGGAAUUCAUUGCAUGCAUUACUCCAAACAUUUUAAUAAAAUUUAAAAGUUUGACAAUUAAAAUCAUUCUUUAAUUGUAAACCAAGUUAUUGCACAGAUUGAGAAGUAAAAUUGUGCCUUUGAUUUCAGUUUUGCAAUAUUCUUUAUGGAAGAAACCUCACUUCUUAUUUCUUUACCUGGAUUUUAAGCUGGGCCCUCAGCAAUGAUAACAUAUAAAAUGUAAAUACAUUGAAUGAAGUCUCAGGGUUACAGUUUGGUGAUGAAUAUGUUAGAGGAAUUCCAAUAGAAAUACACUUUAAUGCAUGGUAGAAAGAGACAAAGAUUGGUUUAUUACUCAGGGCAGUUGUUGAACAAUGUUUUAAUUGGCAGCUACAAAAUCUGUCUGCUGAGGUUUGCUAGAUUCAAACUGAAAAAUAAACAUUUUCCUACCAUGAAAAUAAAAAUUAUAUGAUUAUAUUGGAGAAAAGGACAUGUUUAAGAAAAAAGUGAAUUAAUAACAAGGUGUUCCA